AUGUCUCCGAAUGUUCUUGUAAUAGCAGGCGCAAGUGGCUCUGGGAAGUCUACGAUAGUCAGGCACAUACUGAGGAAGUACUCUGGGCUGUUCAGGGCUUCUGUCUCGUAUACGACGAGAAUCCCCCGGGAGAGGGAAGUUAACGGGGUAGACUACCACUUUGUGACGCAGGAAGUCUUUCUAAGGAAAGUCCAGGCGGGAGAGUUCGUGGAGCAUGCAGAGUACGCUGGAAACUUCUACGGGACAGGAAAAGAGUACUCCUGCCCCGGGGAAGAGAAAGUUCUCCUCCUGGAAAUUGAGAAGAAAGGCGUCCAAAGCAUAAAGUCCUCGGGAAUGGAUGCAGUGUAUAUGUACAUAUACGCCCCCAUGAGUGUCCUCCACGAGAGAAUCUCCCAGCGAGCGAUAAUCACGCAGGACGAGCUCAGCCGGAGGCUUAUGAAGGCAAAGGAGGAAAACAUGUACGGGAGUACGUCUGAGUUUGACGUACUCGUAGAGAACAAUCUCCUGGAAGAGGCACUUUCUAAGGUUGAUGACUUCAUAGAAAGGACUUGGAAAGUGCAGAGGGCGUGA